GGAUUUAUCUAAUUCAUGUAUGAAAUGUUUCAGAAUCUAUUGGAUUCUAAUUUUUUUAAAGCAGACAGAUACGAAAAUACAACGAAGACGUGCAUGACUGAAACCAAAAGAGAUUAAAGUAAAACCUCAUUCUCCUGAGGAAACGGUGUGAGGAGGGAAUUAGGGGCUGCCGGAACACAGCGAAGCAGAGGCAGAAGGCAGACAAAAGGGGCUGGGUUGGUCCCUGCCUGUGUGAACAAAAAAUAUGUCAGAUUGGAAAAUUGCGGUAAAAUCCAAGCGCGGCGCGUACGUUGCCCCCACAGGAAGUGUCCGCCGCGCUGCCUGUGCCCGGAAGUAGGUAGGAACACACAGUCACAGGCAGCCAAGAACCGGGGGGGAAGAAAAAGAGAUGCACACUUCCCCUAGAGAAGCCUCCGAGCGCGGCCGCGACUCCGGGCCUCAAGCCCAUAAAGAAAAAAUACCGGAGACGUUCUGGCACCAUUUCGGGGUAAAGAAGCUGCCAUGGAAGAGCCUGCAGCUCCCUCAGAAGCCCAGGAGGCAGCCGGGGCCCAGGCAGGUGCUGAGGCAGCAGGGGAGGGUGUGUCCGGGCCGGACCUUCCCGUCUGUGAGCCCUCCAGGGAAUCUGCUGCUCCAGAUUCGGCCCUGCCACAUGCGCCUGUGGGCUGGGCCCCCUUCCCUGUAGCUCCAGUCCCUGCCCACCUCCGCACAGGAGGCCUGAGGCCUGCACCAGCCUCAGGAGGAGGAGCAUGGCGCAAUCCGUUUCCAAGCCGAAGCAGCGGCAUUUGGACAAAGCAGAUCAUCUGCAGGUAUUAUAUACAUGGGCAGUGCAAGGAGGGGGAGAACUGUCGCUAUUCCCACGACCUUUCUGGUCGGAAGAUGGCCACUGAGGGCAGCGUUUCGCCGCCUGGGGCCUCUGCAGGUGGAGGCCCUAGCACGGCUGCGCACAUCGAGCCCCCGACUCAGGAAGUGGCGGAAGCCCCCCCGGCUGCAUCCUCCCUUUCCUUGCCUGUGAUUGGCUCGGCUGCUGAAAGGGGUUUCUUUGAAGCCGAGAGAGACAAUGCAGACCGUGGAGCUGCUGGAGGAGCAGGUGUAGAAAGCUGGGCGGAUGCCAUUGAGUUUGUUCCAGGGCAGCCCUACCGGGGCCGCUGGGUUGCAUCUGCCCCCGAGGCUCCUCCACAGAGCUCAGAGACUGAGAGGAAGCAGAUGGCUGUGGGCAGGGGGUUGCGGUUUUGCUAUUAUGCUUCCAGGGGAGUUUGCUUUCGUGGGGAGAGCUGUAUGUUCCUCCAUGGAGACAUAUGCGACAUGUGUGGGCUGCAGGCCUUGCACCCCAUGGAUGCUGCCCAGAGGGAAGACCAUAUAAGGGCCUGCAUUGAAGCACACGAGAAAGAUAUGGAACUCUCGUUUGCUGUGCAGCGUGGUAUGGACAAGGUGUGUGGCAUCUGCAUGGAGGUUGUCUAUGAGAAAGCCAACCCCAAUGACCGCCGCUUUGGCAUUCUUUCCAAUUGCAACCAUACCUUCUGUAUUAGGUGUAUCCGCAGGUGGAGAAGUGCCAGACAGUUUGAUAACAGGAUCAUCAAGUCUUGCCCGCAGUGCAGGGUCACCUCCGACUUGGUCGUUCCCAGUGAGUUCUGGGUGGAGGAGGAGGAAGAGAAGCAGAAACUUAUUCAGCAAUACAAGGAGGCAAUGAGCAACAAGGCCUGCAGGUGAACGGCAUGGAUUCUGAGAACCAGGAGGAGAGCCAAGUCGUAAAAGGAUUGGUGCCCAAGUGAGUCCUUGAAUAGCUCAUGGAACAGAACUUCUCAGUCUUCACUCCCCAUUAUCCAUACUGAAGUGUACAUGGUUAAUUAAUGUAUAACUAAGCCACUGAGAUUCGGGAGUUUCUUUGAUUGCAGCUGGUGUUUAAUUUCUGAAUAACUAAGAAGGAAUACAUUUUUGAGGGCAUGGUAUUUGAUCUGCAACCACCCAUGGUUUUAGAGAAGAAGCAACUCAUGUGGGAGUAUGUGGGAACCAAUUAUUCCAGUUAGACAAACAACGUACCCAAAGCCCAAAGUCUGGGAGAAUGUGUUUAAGAAACAAACACACAACAAUGACAAAAAAAUAAUAUACCUGGUUUCUAGUGAAUGGAGGGGAGAGUGGUAGGAAAUGAAGUUUAUAAGAGGAAUGUGGAGACCAGAUCCCAUAGGACUGUAUAGACAGUGAAGAAGAGUUCACAUUUCAUUAAAAUUGUGAUGGAACCUCAUUGGAACAUUUUAAGUAGAGAAAAUCCAUGAUCUUACUAUGAUACACAUGUUUUUUUAAAAGAUUAAUUGAGUUACUCUUUGGAGAAAGAAUUUUAAGGAUACGGAGAGGAUGACAAGGGACCAGUUAGGAGAUAAUAAUCUUCCAGGCAAGACAUGUUAGUGACUUAAACAAGAUUAUUAUAAUGGAAAGAGGAAAAAUUGAUACAUCCCACUGAAACAUUCAAUUAAUCAGGUCUAAAAAUAAUACGGACUAUACAUUCAUGUAAUAAUUAUAUUAAGAUAUGUUGUGAUUCACUUAAGAUGAUGGCAAAAAUAUUAAAGGGGAAUAUUAGGAAAAGUUAUAGGAAAUAAUCACAAACCUUUUGAAAGGCCAAAAGAUUACAUAACUUGUCGCAAUUGAACAGGCUAAAGGCAGCCGGUUCUUACUUUAGAGCAUUAAGUCACAGGGUAAAUACUAGGAACAAUAGGGGAUUCCCCAGUUAAGUGUGUUUAGGGUACCUCCAUUAACUAAUCUUUAAGCCAAAUGGCCCUCUGUCGGGGG